CUAUCGAUUUUAGAGAAAUUAGAUAAUCGGUUUUUCCCGAAAGUAAGCGGUUUAGCAACCUCGUCCCCAGGGGUUUCAGGGUUUUUACAUUUAAAAACCCUGGGACGAGGUUAGCAAAUUUGAAAAGUUACAGGGGCUAUUAAAAUAGUCAUUUAAUUACUUUUAGUUUUUUGACGAUUUCUGGUCCUGAGAUCUCGCGUAGACGUUAUGUGGAUAAUAUCACUUUUGCUCGCCGGUUCAGAAUGGUCGCAGUCAUGGCGGUCGUCGGAAGCUUGUGGCUGUCGUAAAGUGUUAUUUUUUUUUUUUAAUAUCUAACGAAAAGCAACUUUAUAAGCAAAUAAAAACUUUACAGCUGACGACCUUAGUGUUACAUCGAUUGGUCAAUCUUGUGGGCGAUAUUUUCCAGAAUGUUCGCCAUAUACCCUCAAUAUACACGUAGAAUUUUGUGUGGAAAUAACAACACCAUACUUGGCACUUGUAUUUGAUUCUGUCCAUGGAGGUUGUUGGGGAUUCCUGGUACAAUUUUAUGAAGCUGAAGAAUUAAAAAUGUCUCGUUACAUUAAACACAACGGGAAGAAAGCGUAUUCUCCUAUCAAAUACGCGUACGAAUUUGUUACUCCUUAUCGCAUCGUCGUGACACCAUUACCUAGUGGACGGUCGAUCAGAUUUUUUGUGAAACGAACUCCAAGUAAAUGUGAAUUGGAUGUUAUUGAGUUCUUAGAGCCUGAUAUAAGGAAAAUAUUUGCACAUUGUUUAGAGAACCCAGACAUAGAAGAGAAGAUUGCAGCUGUGGCACCAUUAUGCAAUUCCUUUGCCAAUGCAACAGAUCAUGUGAUUAGCUAUGUGAACAAAACUUCAGUGAAGGAAUUAAAAUGCAAAAUUGUGCCAUUUGCUCUUCCUGUUGAAUAUUUUCAUCCAAACAAAUUGAAUCCAAAGAACAUACCAACAAUAACUGGAAUUUUUGUAGCUGUUUUGAUAUUCUUUCUAGCCAUUAUCUUUAAUGUUAAACGAAUAAGAGUUUGGACAUCACUUUUUAAGUUUGGAGCAUCAUUUUCAAGUAGAAAUACAUCAAAAUCGCAUCAUUUUUCCAUGGAAGAUAUUGAACAACAAGCUUCACAUACUAAGGAAACUAGGAAAGAUAGCAUACGAAAAGUUAUGAUUCUAAAUCGACCAGGUUGUGAAUUGAUUGAAACACUAUUAAGAGAUUUAGCUUUCUUCUUAAAAGCAUAUGGUAUUGAUGUAAAGUUGUCAUUGCUUGAACAAAGUCAGAUUGACGCAGAAGGAGGAAUUUCAUCGUACUUACAAAGAAAUAUUGAUUCUUGUGAUUAUAUUCUUAUCAUGUUUACAGAACAUGAUAAAGAGCACACAUCCUUAAAACAUCGACCAUACGAAUUUGCUUUAAAAGUCAUCAGUGGUUUAGCAUAUCAUCAGAAUGAUAGUUCCAGAUACAUUCCUCUGUAUUUAACAAGUUAUGAAAAAGCACUCAGUUUAAUGCCAUCGUUUUUCAUUGGUUCUCAUAAUUUUGGCUACAAACUUCCGAAGGAUAUAACAAAGCUUUUAAGACAUUUAUUACAUUCUACAGACCUAUCAAACUCAAAAGAUAUGGCUGCAAAGUUGGAGUAUUUUACAAAUAAAACAAAGGCUACGUGUAAGCGUAUAGAAGCCAAGCAUCAUUAUUGCUGUUGCAAGGAGGAUUGCAUGAAGGGUAUGCUGUACGGCAGUGUCAGCAACCUGUCAUCUGUAUGGGCGUCUACAAAAUGGUCAUCAUCCUGCUCAGUUGAUUUAUCAAAAGAAGAAAAUUUUUGUCGUCCAUUGCAAGAAGAAACAGAUUUCAAAUUGGAUGAAAUGGUAUCUUCAGGGACAAUUUCAUGAAAGCGUUUAUCGAUGGUUUCAUUCAAAAAAAAAAUUAUAAAAAAUAAUGUUUUUGUCAUAGUUUUUAAAACUGACAGACUAACAAACAUUACAUUAAUCAUUUUUUUCUUUCUCAAAUUUACCAUUGCACGCGGAAAAUGCUUUUCCAACUCUCUUUGCAUUUCUAUGCAUUUUGAGGUCAUACAUGCAAGAAAGCAGAAUGCCAUGGAAGGGGGUUUAGUUACGAGCACAUUUCGGGUUGCUAGCUGUUUACAUGCAAGUUUAUAGAAUGCAAAUGUUGACUUUUAAUAGGACAGUUUCAUAAAAUCGUAGUUAAUACAGUUAUAUUGUUUUGGCGGAUAGCGGUGUGAUAAAAAUUUUUGUAGAUUUUUAAUGUCUAUAUUUUUAUAGGUUAAACUACGUAGCUACUUUUAUUGAUAAUUUUUUACUUUACCGUUUGCUAGCUUAAGGAAAUUUAUUUUCGUGAGAACUAAUUUUUGCGAGAACUAAUUUUCGUGAGAAAAAUUGUGAAAUUAAAAUUUAAUUACGGCGGGAAUUAAUUUUCGCGAAGUUGGAAAUCCGGAUAUUACGCAAGAAUUAUAUUUCGCAAAUUUCGCGAAAAAGGAUUUUGUGUAGGAGACACUAUAUAAAAACUGCUGAAGUUGAAAUUCACGUAUAUCUUGUAUGUAGUUCCAGGUAGAUAAAAAUUUGGCGUUAAUUAAUUUACGUAAAUUUCGCGAAUUGCUAUUUUUCAAAUAUUUUCGCGAAAACUAAUUUUCGCAAUAUUGACAAAAACACGUGAAAUUCGCAAAAAUUAAUUACCUUAAGGUCGUAAAUUUACUUUACUAACUUUGAUAUUUCGAAAAGAGAAAACUAGGAACAGCGAGCUGCUCAUGUAGCUAGCUAUAGUUAGCUAGCUAUAGUUAGCUAGCUAUAGGUAUUUCAACAUUCUCACAAUGAUAUUUAAAUCAAUAUUUACAGAAAAUCAGCUGUUUAUGUAGCUAAUUGUGACACACCCUAUGUCACUACUUUAUCUUGCAACUGUAUAACAAAUCUGUAUGAAGUACUGUUAUGGCUAAUCUUAUUAUGAGUAAUAAAUACGCUUUUUAAUAAGCAACCAACCAAUAAACAGCAAGUUCUGGGAUGGUAAAAUCCUAAGCGAUGUUUAAGUGCUUUGUUAUGUACUUUAGCAACUACUAGCUUUUAAUGAAAAGGGGCUUCUAUGUGAUUUGAUAGAGCAUAGUUAUAAUAAACCUUCAUAUAUAGAAACCAAAUUUUUUGAAAUGGCUCUCAAUUUUUAUUCAGGAAAAAGGAAAAAGGAAUGUAUAACUUCUGCACAUGUUUUUUCUAUUAAGUCUAAAUUACUGAAUGUUUAGCAACACGGAAGUCUUAAUAUUCAUACCAAAUAAGCUCUUAUAAAAGCAAGAUUGCGACAGACUGCGAUUUUUUGUUUACUUUUUACUUAUCAGGGACAGGGGUAUUGCUUGUGUAUUAAAACGGCUGCUGCCAAAUAAAACAUAUUAUCUUGUUUUUCUAUUUUAGUAUUGAUAAUUCUGUUAAGAAAUUGCCACAAAUAACUACCACAAACGUUUUCGAAGACCCCUGCCUUUUUGAUAAAAUUGAAGAGUUUGGAUAUUUCCGCUGUAUCAUUGUAAUUUGCGCAGAAAAUAAAUAUAAGUAUUAUC